AUGAAGAAAUUGUGGGCUAAGAUUCGACAGUCUCGAGAGGAAGAUUAUGAAGAGAUGUGUACGACUAAUGCCAUUGUGAUCGCAGCAGUCGCUGAAGCUGAAUCUGGUAAUCAAACACGACGACGGGGUUCUCGACCGGGUCGUGCACCAAACGAGGAACGAUUUAGGGAAGCAAGAGGCAAAAACAUGAUGGAAUAUUACUUUGUUGAACGUCCAGUUUUCAAUGAUGAGGAAUUCCGAACACGCUACAGGAUGAGUCACAAUGUUUUCAACCGCAUCUCUGAUGACCUUUGUUGCUAUGAUCGAUACUUUGUCCAGAAAUCAGAUGCUGCCAAGAAAGUCAGACUACUUCCGGAGCAGAAGCUGACAUGUUCCUUACGAAUGCUUGCUUACGGUGUUGGCGUAGAUCAAUGCGCUGAGUAUUUUCGGAUGGCGAAAUCUACCUCUAUCGAGGCUCUUGAACGAUUUACAAGAGGAAUCGUUAAGCUGUACUCAGUAGAAUACCUUCGCGCUCCUACUCAGGCUGACCUCAGAAGACUGCUCGCUAAAGCUGAGAAAAGAGGUUUUCCUGGGAUGAUUGGAAGCAUCGACUGCAUGCACUAG